AUUGACCCUUCAGCGCGUAUUUGGAGAACACGCGUGUGUCUUGAUCGCACGCGCACACGAUCACAUCUCAUCAGAUUUGGUUGAGAAAAAAACUCAAUGCAUAUCUUGCGCGUGCGAUCUAUCCCGGUAUCUCUCGUGGGCCUUUCCGUAAAGCGAUCUCCGAGAUCUCCUUCCUGCGGCCAACCCUCAGCAGCACACAAUCAGCAUCACCAAAGUGUAACAAUGUCGCGUCCUGAGUAUAAUGGUCCUAUCUCCUAUGGAAACACUCCAUCGGUUGGAAUCGUUCCUUCCGCUGAGGAUCAGUAUGCACCCACCUACGGUGGAGUGACCGCAGGAGGGGUUCCAACAUCCCCAGCACCUCAACAACAUCAGCUGUACUAUGGUGUCCCUCAAGCCCCGGGGCCAAUAAUGUACGUGGACCCUCAGCCUCAAUAUUACCCUGCGGCUCCUGUGCUUGUCGGAUGGACGGCGAAUGGCUAUGUUGGCUCUCCAAGCCCUCAAGCCCAAGCCCAAUCACCACCACCACCUACCUACGGUGCUAAGGAAGCGGGGUGGAAGAUUCCUAGUGGAGGAGCUAAUUCGGUUGAAAUGAACAAGAUUACACUGACACCGUCGUGCUUUCUCCCACGAUACGCUCCGAACAAGCAUCAAUGCAAGGCCCAUGCCCUAUCCUGUGGGAUGUUAGACGUCACCCCUCAUCGGCCACCGUCACCCCAGCCACAGGUGUCAAUCCCGAGCUAAAUCGUGAGUUACCGAUUUGCCUCAUCGAUCGCACCAAAUUUCCC